AUGCCCGUGAGGCCUGCCGUGAGUGCAUUCCGCUGCCUGCUGUCAGUGGCAAGCUUGGGUGAGAAUGUCGUGCGUUUCGAAGAGCGGGACGGCAAAGCUCGACGGAGCAGUCGAACCCUCAUGGAGUUCUCCAUCGACGCCCUUGGCAGCUGGGGCGACACGGGGAGAACGGCGCAAUGCGUGUGCAGAGGCCCAUCAGGAUUCUCAGAGGCGGACUGGAUGCGGGCAUUCAUGGCACUCACCUCAGCGUUCAGACCCCACCCAUCGCCCGAAUCCCUCGCCCUAACACUUGCAAAGGCAAUUGGCCCAUUGGUGGCGCUAUCAAUCGUCUUCAUGGGGCGUGUCGAGGGCGCAGAUGGGAGGAGGAGACAGGCGGCCCAUAUUUGGCGCCCGCGGCAUCGCGAUAGCGCGCAGCGUGGGCAGGCCCACCGCGUGACCACGAGCCCGCCAUGGAAUGGCGCUAUGGCUUUGAGGAACGCUCCCUCCGUCUCUUUCUCAACGCAAGGUGGGCACAAUCCAUCAGCACGGUGCCCGCAGCCGGGCUCGAAGAACAGGUUGAGGUGCUCCAGGACCGUAGACGGGAGCGCAGCCGACAGUUUCGACUGUGUGGCGCGCCGAAGCAUAGCAAACGAGGCUGGUGAUGAGUGA